UGUUUUAGAUAUAUUUUUCUACUUAUUAAAAUCACACCUACAAUAAUUCAAUAUGUGUGACCAGGAAUUCAGGACUCUACGAAUUGACCCUCGCUAUCCAUUUCAAAAUCAGACUAAGGCGUGUUACGACAACUAUUGCGACUACUACAAGUGCAGAAGACUGCUGGGAGACGUGAUGGACUGCAAAAUAUUCAAGCGGUACUUCGAAACAAUUUGCCCCAACUUCUGGAUAGAGCAUUGGGAUGAACUUCGCGAGAAAGGCGCCUUCCCCGGACCGAUAUAAC